AUGGGUGAAAUUGUUUCCGGAGUGGGCAACAUAUUAUUGGAGAAGCUUGCAACCAAAGCUUAUAAUGAGAUUAUCUCGGCAUGGGGUCUCAAAGAUGAUGCAGAGAGGCUUCAAGAGUCUGUGAAACUCGUCAAUGCCCUCCUUUUAGACGCUGAAGACAAGCAAUUCAAAGACCAAAGCAUCACCGCAUGGUUGCAACUGCUUAAACGUGCAUUCUAUGAUGCAAAUAUCAUAUUGGAUGAAAUUGAGUGUCAGGCAAAUAUAAGUAAAGUGAUGAAAAUGCAUGGAUGUGUUUCUCAAAAGGUGCGUCAAUUUUUCUCAAGUUCUAAUCCACUUGUAUUUCGCGUCAAAAUGGCUCACAAAAUUAAGGACAUAAGAGAAAAGAUUGAUGAGAUUGCACUCAAUGGAAACAAGUUCGGUCUCAUUCAACGUUCUACAAAUGACAUGGCUCUCCAUAAAAUGUUACCAUGGAGGGAGACCCAUUCUUCUCUACCUUCACGUGUAACAGGUAGAGAUGAAGAGAAGGAACAUAUCAUAAGUUUAUUGAUGAGAGAACCGUCACAAUCACAAAGCAAAAGUGUUGAUGUCAUCCCAAUUGUUGCAAUGGGAGGGUGCGGGAAGACCACGCUUGCCCAAUUGGUGUUCAACGAUUCAAGAAUAGCUGAUCAUUAUGAUUUAAUAUUGUGGGUGCAUGUGUCACAAGAUUUUGAUGUUAAAAGAAUAAUAUCAAAAAUUGUUACACAAGUAGAUGAUACAAAAGGCAGAGGCGGUGACGACGUAAUCUUAGGAAGGUUGAGAACUCUUCUUCAUGAGAAACUAUAUGAAGACAUGGCCUUAGAAAGGUUGAAGACUCUUCUUCGUGAGAAACUAUAUGAGAAGAAAUUUUUACUUGUCCUUGAUGACAUGUGGAAUGAAAAUGCUAAAAGAUGGCAUGACCUACGGGAUCUCCUGUUGGAUACAAUUAGUGAAAGGAACAAAAAUGAUUGCAAAAUCAUAGUGACUACUCGUAGCGAGGGAGUUGCUGAUAUUGUGAAGACUGUUACUAAAAUCAGCUUACAAGAACUUCCAGAAGAGGAAUGUUUGCAGUUAUUUUUUAAGUGUGCCUUUCAAGAAGAGGGGAAAGCAAAUCAAUGCCCUAGACUUCAAGAAAUUGGGAAGGAAAUUGUUGCAAAGUGCAAAGGGUUGCCACUAGCCAUAGUGACUUUAGGGUGCAUUCUUAGGUCACAAGACGAUGAAAAUGAGUGGAAAAGAAUACGAGACAGCGAGAUAUGGGAAAUAGAUCAUCAAAAAGGUGAAAUCUUACCAGCAUUAAGGCUAAGCUAUUCUCAAUUGCCAUCUCCUCUGAAGCAAUGUUUUUCUUACUGUGCUCUUUUCCCUAAAGGUCAUGAAUAUAGGCCAAUAGAAUUGAUUCCAAUUUGGAUGGCACAGGGACUCCUCCAACCCACGAAUGAAAAUGAAGAUCCAGUGUGUCUUGGAGAGUUAUAUUUCAGGCAAUUAAUUUCAUUGUCCUUCUUUCAAUCUGAAGAUUUUGAAGAUGAAUUCGGCUCACCUUUUAAGUACGAAGUAGGGAAAGUCUUGGGCGUUGGUCGUUACAAAAUGCAUGCUCUGAUCCAUGAUCUUGCUAUGUCGACGAUGCAUGGUGAGACUACAGUGAUGAGUAGUGCAUCUACACAUGUCAAUGAAAAAGUGCGACAUAUAUCAUUUUCAACCAUCCCAGACCAAUUGCUUUCGCUAUCCCUCAAGAGAAACAAGGUUCAAUCAUUUGGAAAUUGGCACACACAAGGAUCUAUCACCACGACAGAACCAUUUGUAAAGUGGAUGUUUAAGGAAUUCAAGUACUUGAGGGUGUUGGAUUUGCAAUCUUUGGCAUUUCUGUUCCUGCCUGAUUGCUUCGACAAGAUGAAGCAUCUGAGAUAUCUUAAUCUGAGUGAAUGCUCUGAGUUGAAAAAACUCCCCAACUCCAUUUCGAAGCUCUAUAAUCUCCAGACUUUAAUUCUUGUCGGCUGUAACGCACUUGAAGAGUUACCCAAAAACUUGAGGAACCUUUUCAACCUUCGAAUUUUGAUGAUUACUGCACAAAUCACAAAUCUCUGCUUUGUAGAUAUAAGGUUCUUCAGUUAUCUUCAGAUUUUAACAAUUUUCAGUUGUUAUAAUUUAGAAGUCAUGCCGUGUGAUUUAUCACAUUUGGUUUCUUUGAAGAAGCUGGUAAUCAUGGAUUGUGAAAAGCUAGUUCGUUUUGAAGACGAAGUUGAAAAUGAAGGAAGAGGAAAGCAAAAUGAAGUUGCCAAGGAAAUGAAUCUUCAAAUAUUUGCUAUUGCUGGAUCGCCCAUGUUGAUAAACUUACCCAACUGGCUUCAAAGAUCUGCCAAGACUUUACAACAAAUUUGUAUUUGGGAUACAAGUUUAACAGCAUUGCCAGAAUGGCUUCCAAAUGCAACAUCACUUAACAGUCUAUACAUUUUAGAUUGUGAAGAGUUGUUGUCACUGCCUGAGAAUAUGGAUCACUGUGGAAGCCUUCAAAAGUUAGGAAUAAGUGGUUGCCCAAAUCUGCGUGAAAGGUACAAAUGGGAUGUAGGCCCAGAAUGGAGCAAAAUAGCUCAUGUCCCAAAUGUCUAUGUAAGUUUCUGUUAA